CUGGUUUAUUAUAUAUGAACCCAUCAGGGGAUCAUAUCUAUCCUCCGUUGAGCUACACUCCUCCCUGAUGUCUUUUUAUGCACAUAUUGCAAUGCAACGACGAUGUACUAUUUUACGUCAGGCAUGGAUACAUAUUGCACUGUGUUGUGUUGUAUUGUAUGAUGUCGGAGUUGCAUUUCACUUUGGAACUUCUAAUGAUAGUUUAAUCGUACGUCGUGAUGUAUCCCACCGGGCACAUUGUUAUCGUAAACGGGGAUCUAGCAUCGCCCAGCUUCAUGUUAUUCCGGACAAAGACGGAGUAUCACAUGAUGGGAGCGACUUUAUUGGUGGCUACCAGCCUGGCGAGCUGUUGCAUACAGUACAAGAUCUGGAGCUGUGCGACGAACUUAGCCAGAGUUUCAUGAAGUAUGCGCUCAGUAUAAUUUUGGGAAGAGCGCUUCCGGAUGCACGUGACGGGCUAAAAAUAGUCCAUCGUCGUAUACUUUGGGCUAUGCAGGUUAUGAAACUCGGAGCUUCGACUCCUUACCGCAAGUGUGCCAAGGUAGUAGGUGACGUUCUAGGAAAGUACCACCCACACUCUGAUAAAUCCGUAUAUGAUGCACUGUGUCGGUUAUCACAACUUUUCAUGAUGCGAGUGCCUCUUGUUGAUGGGCAUGGCAAUUUCGGAUCCACCGACGAUCCACCAGCAGCUAUGCGUUACACCGAAUGCAGGCUAAGCCCCUUUAGCGAGAAGCUUCUUUUGGCGGAAAUGGGAAAAAAUACAGUGGAUAUGCUGCCUAAUUUCGAUUCUACCGAGAUGGAACCGACGGUGUUACCGUCCAAGGUACCAUUAUUGCUAAUCAACGGGUCCUCAGGAAUUGCUGUUGGAUUGGCCACUAACAUACCUCCUCACAACCCUGAGGAGAUACUGAAAGCGGCAUCUUUGAUGGCUAAGAAUCAUGGAAAUGUUGACACCGAAGAAUUGCUCAAUAUAGUACGUGGCCCAGACUUUCCUACUGGAGGGCAUAUAGUUACCAGCAUUGAUGCAUUACGAAAGAUUUACACCACAGGAAAAGGUAGUAUCAUGCUGCAGGCCAAAUAUAUAUACGAGGAGCGUAUCAAGCCGCGUAACAGCAAACGAGAAAGCGAUGUAGUCGUCAACACGUACAGCGACCCAUCUCAUCUUUCUUUCACUUCAGGAAGUCGGGUCUCCAUUAUCGUCAAAGAGCUACCAUAUAACGUACGCUUGAGCGACGUUAUGCUUGCAAUAUCGAAAGCGGUGGAAACAGGAGCUCUUCGUGGGAUAUCGGACUUAAGAGACGAAUCUGAUCGUGGCGGCCUUAGGCUCGUGAUAGAGCUCAAAAAGCAUAUUACCACGCAUUUGGAAGUGGAGGAGAUAAUGCAGAAGCUUAAAAAAAUGAGUGGUUUAUGUUCCUUUUUCAAGUGCAACUUUAUAGCAUUGGACAGCAGUGGAACGAAACCCGUACGAUUGAGCCUGUACAGCGCGCUAAAGAUUUGGCUGGAAUUCAGGGUACAGACCGUAAGAAAGCGCAUUGAGCGUCAACGUGAACAAGCGAAAGAGCGAUUAAACAUUGUAAAAGGAUUUGCUAUUGCCUUCAAUAAAAUUGAUGAUAUUGUACAUAUGGUUAGGAAUUCAUCUUCUUCAGCCGAGGCAAUGCGUAUGCUCUCUGAGAAACGGUACGGAGGGCUAAAUGCAGAGCAGGCAUCGGCUGUAUUACGGAUGUCUUUGUCACAACUUUCAAGGAUAGAGCGUGACAAAAUUGACCUCGAGGAGAAGGAGCUAUCGGAGUCAAUCAAACGCUACAACCAUAUACUGGGUGACGAAUCGCAUAUUUACUCUUUGAUAUACAGCGAAUUAGAGCACAUACGGCAGAAUCCAGAAAAGCAUUACACUGUGCGUCACAGGUGUACUACGUUAUCUGUAUCCGGACAUACCAGCUUGGGGGAUGGUGACGUGGCCCAGGAUUAUCCCCCUGAGUUAGGUGGGAACGAUGAAGAAUUUGUAGACUCUAUUAGCGCGACAAUAGCCGAAGAUCAUAUAGCGAAUGAACCUGGGAAUGAUCCAGGUGAUCUGGUGAAACAGAAUCCAGACCUGGAAGGACACAAUCCUCACGACGAACCCAGCCUCAUAGUGAUGAAUAACUAUGGGCUCAUGCAACGCAUAAAAUUAGACAAUAGUUUUUUUAGAAGCCAGAAAUCACGUUACAUACCCUCUUCACGAUUACAACAACCGUAUCAAGGCCAAUAUUCCAUUGGAGAAGGUGAGAAUGAAGAUGUUGCACCCGAAAUCACACAAUCGGAAUUGCAGCUACAUUAUGGCGUCUGCCGCCCCGGAGAUUCAUGUAUGAUGAUAUCUAAGGAUGGUACUUGUUUUGUUUUACCCGUUUCUGCCCUUCGGCUAUGCAACAAGGGAUAUUCCAUAUGGAAGCAAGUAAAACUUAAAUCUCCUGAAAACGUUGAGUAUUUUACGGUAACAUCUAAGUUGCUAUUCUCCCAAGACCAGAAUUCAGGGGUUAGCAAUUGCAUGUACAAGCUAAUUAUGGAUGAAACCACUUCUUAUUUGGUUUUAAUUUUCACUGAUGGUCAAGUGGGCAUCAUCAGCACUAAACACUUUCCUAGCGGCCACCUAUACAAAAAUCCAUUAAUAAGACUCCGGUUGUGGAAUAACAAAGAAUUAAAACCUAUAUUCGCGAUGUUCUGCUGCCCUGAUGAUGACAUUUUUGUUGGCACUUUGCGUGGGUACUCACUACGUGUACGUUUAAAUGAUCUUCUAGGCGGGAUGGAACAUCGUGGGAAGACGCGGAAAAAAUUAAUUAAACUGAAAGAAAAUGAUAAGGUAACGUGUGGCGCCAUAUUGGAAUCAUUGAGCAAUGUUGAAAACGAUGCAAAAGAAAUUUGCCGGUUUGAGAACUACGAUAAUCGCCACUUAUUGCUUUUAUCAGAGCACGGUAGAGCCAAGUUGCUGCAUAUAAGUGAGCUGCAGUUACGGCGCCAUGGAGGUUAUGGGUACAAUAUUACCCGCCAGUCAUCUUCAACCAUAGAGGGUCUCUAUGCAGCCACUGUUGUGGAUACUGACGACGACAUCUUGUUAGUCAGCAAAGAUGGUUUAUUGGCGCGAAAGGACCCUUUUACACUACCAGUAGCUUCUCGCCAUCAAAAAAUGCGCAAAUUCUGGACACGUAUGCGUGCUCCGGAUAGGCUGCAAUAUAUGUCACCUGUCUAACUAAUAUUUGCUAAAAUGC